GAUUGCUGCCAUGAAUGUUUUAGCAUGAGGAGAGAAUUCACAAGGAAGAUGCAAGGGCUCCACCAACAGUUGUUCCAAUGAGCGAUGCUGUGCACUGGCACAUGGGAACCUCAGCAAUAAUCACCUGUAAGAAUAGAGCAGAAGAGCAGCUAAGAAGAGUGCUGGAGCUGGCAAGGAGAAAAAUUGUCCCCGAACCCCUUCCCUCUUAAACCAUCUGUUAGACUGGAAAGAACCUGGUAUUAUGGAAGAAGGCAGUAACAUCAUUGCCCUAAUCUCAAAUCUGAGGGAACAGGAAGCCGUCCUGAUUUCCGAAGCCAUCGUAAGCUCAUCGGCAGACAAUGCCGACGACUCGCUGAAGUGUAAACCCGAUCCCCUCAUCCAGGUCAUCCAAAAGCUCAGCAAAAUUGUCGAGAGUGAAAAGUCGCAGAAAUGUGUUUUAAUCGGGAAGAAACGCUUGUACCCCGACACCACCGGCCCCGAGGUCCCAUCCAAAGCCCUGGAACUGCCCGCUCUGGGCACCAUCAAUAUAGAAGACUAUUACACGAUGGACGAUCCUCCUCAGAGCAAACGGAAAGUCCUCUGCUACGAGUGCAGCCUCUGCAAAUCCGUGUCGCCCUCUCUCCCCCUCUUACAGGAGCACAUGAAGCAACACGGCCAGCAGAACGAGGUCAUGCUCAUGUGCUCGGUCUGCAGUUUCACCACCCGGAGCGUCGAAGAUUUUGAGAGCCACAUUCGAAGUCACCCGGAGAACAGCAGCAAAAUCCACGCCCUCUUGAAGGAAGAGCAUGGCGUUGACGUGUCCGCUACCGCUUUGCCCGGGCCGGUAGAAAAAGUCAUCAUCGGCACCGAUCACGAGAUGCAGCCUCCUCCCCAAGUGCCUGAGAAGGGGAGGCGGAAGUGGUACACCUACGAGCAAUACGGCAUGUACCGUUGCUUGAUUUGCAGCUAUACGUGCGGGCAACAGCGAAUGUUGAAGACGCACGCUUGGAAGCACGCAGGCGAGGUGAACUGCUCGUAUCCCAUAUUCGAGGAAGAAAAAAAGCAAGCCGCCUUGUCGGAUUCCGCCAUAUUGGAUACGGUCGUCCUGUCCCUAGACAAUAACGAAGCGGGACUCUGCAACAACUCGCCUGUACAACUUCGCAUUUGCAGCCCUGAGCCGAUGGCUUUCAAAACGGAAGAGCCGGUCAAAGAAGAAUCGGCCCUCAGUCAGCCGGCUGCUCUUUCCCCUGCAGACCGAUUGUUCGAGGAGAGCCCGUCGUCGCAUGAAGACCUUGACCCAGAUCAUUUGGGGGCUGACAGCUUGCUUUCUUCGGCCCAGAAAAUCAUCCACUGCAGCCCGAACAAAAAGGGCCACGUUAACGUCAUUGUGGAGCGCCUACCCAGCGCCGAAGAGCCUGCCUUGCAGAAUGAAGUCAUGGAUAGCGUCUUGCAUUAUUCUGUGGACGCCGGCCCUGAACACCCUCCGGCUGGACGGGAUGCGUCGGACGACGUUUAUCACAUGGAUAAGAAUUCAAUUGAAAUUGAAGAAGUUAUCAUUGGGUGGAGCAGCACGGAAAAGGCCGAAGAGAACAUGAAUCCCAGCCGGGCUAAAACAGCUGACGAAAAUGCUCCCCCUGCCCGGAGGAGAACCAAUUCGGAGUCUUUGAGGCUGCACUCGCUAGCCGCCGAAGCCCUGGUUACUAUGCCAAUCCGAGCCGCGGAGCUUGCCCGAUCCAGCUUCCGGGCUUUCGCCGACGUAAAUCCUUUAUUCGGAGGCUGGGCAGAGGCCUCCCGAAGGCGGCUAUUAGGCCAUUCUAAACGUAUCGCCUCCCUGAAGACGGAGGAAUUGAGUAGCCUGCACCAAGAGGAACGGGCUUUGGUGGAAUUGCAGAAAGAUAAACAGCUCUCUGAAGUCCCCAUUAAAAUGGGCAUCAGCAUGUCGCUGCUGACCGUGAUUGAGAAAUUGAAAGAGAGGACAGACCAAAAUGCCUCCGAUGACGACAUUUUGAAGGAGUUGCAAGAUAACGUCCAGUGCCAACCGUCGGGGGAUGCUGGCGUGUUGGGGAGCAGUCUGGUGGAAUACAUCCCCGACGCGGAGCGGCCCUUCCGGUGUCGCUUAUGCCACUACAGCAGCGGCAACAAAGGGUACAUCAAACAGCAUUUGCGGGUACAUCGGCAGAGGCAGCCUUAUCAGUGUCCGAUUUGUGAGCACGUCGCCGACCACAGCAAGGAUUUAGAAAGUCACAUGAUCAACCACUGCAAAACCCGAAUGUACCAGUGUAAGCAGUGUGAGGAAUCCUUUCAUUACAAGAGUCAGCUGCGCAGUCACGAAAGAGAGCAGCACUGUCUCCCAGAUACGUAUGCAGCCCCAGCGUUUGACAGCUUAAUGGCUUGCAGCGAAGCAGAUGAAAGAGUUGGGGAGAAGAUUUCGGUCCAGAAACUUUACCGUUGCGACAUUUGCGAUUACACAAGCACAACGUAUGUUGGAGUGAGGAAUCACAGACGGAUUCACAAUUCGGAUAAGCCAUACAGAUGCCGCGUCUGUGACUUCGCCACCACAAGUAUGAAUAGCUUGAAGUGUCAUAGACGCCACCCACAAGAGCAGGCAGUGCAGUUAAUGGAGCAGUUCAAGUGUUCUCUCUGCGGAUAUGUAUGCAGCCACCCUCCUUCCCUUAAGUCUCACAUGUGGAAACAUGCAAGUGAUGAAAACUAUAACUAUGAACAAGUGAAUAAAGCUAUUAACGAUGCCAUUUCACAAAGCGGCAGGCUACUGGGUCAGCUUACUGGGAAGAAAGUAACCAAAACUUUGGAAGGCGAUGCCGUUCCUUUCACUAGUAGCUCCGAAGGCUUGUCUUUUUCAAACUCUCCUAAGCCGACAGCGAACAAAAUAUUGAGUUCUGACCACCAUCAGGAUCAAGCUUCUACAACCAAUACCUCAAGCGGUUCAGAGAAGCCCGCAGGCCUGUCCUACCUGGGCUCAGAAUACUGUGUCCUGCUCUUCUGCUGUUGCAUCUGUGGGUUUGAGUCCACCAGCAAAGAGAAUUUGUUGGACCAUAUGAAAGAACACGAAGAAAUCAUCAACAUCAUCCUCAAUAAGGACCAUGCAGCAACUCAAAGUAUAAACUAAAUCAAUGGUUCUCCACCUUGGCAACUUGGAAGAUGUCUGGACUUCAACUCCCAUCAUUCCCCAAUCAGCCAUGCCGACGAGGGGUUUCUGGGAGUUGAAGUCCACGUGUCUUCCAAAUUGCCCGUGUGGAAAUAUCAUUGAACUAGACAAAGUUAUCUUCAGAUCUCCAGCUUUGCCUGCAAGACUUGCUAAAUCGAAGAACUUAGGAAUAAGCAUGUAUGUAUGUGUACAUAUUUAUUUGCUCAAAGUGCUUUUCUUCAGCAAGUCUUUGUUUCCUGCCUCCAUCCGAAGCCUCUCUUAUCCGCAAAAGAGCAAGUUAUUUUACAAGCUUUUGAAGAAACCCUGACACGAAUAAUGCUGCAUUUACAGUAAAAAAAAAAAAUCCGGACGUUACCUUCUACCCACAGAACUAUUUUUAAUGCCUAUUAUUGACCCAAACGAUAGUGGCAUAGAGGAAUUAACAAAAAAAAAAGGGAUUUAACCUUUCUACCUAGAAUGCAUCCAGAGGGCAUAAAAAUCUGCUUUAAGGUAAGUUUUAAAGAAAACCAUCUUGAUGUGACCAUCAAGCAGCCAUUUUUGAGGACGGAAACCUUGGUUAGUUCUUAGGCUUCCUAUCGCAACCGAUGUGUUUUCCAGGCAAAACUCUUUUUUGCUACAUCAAGCGACAUAAAAUAAGUUCUGCCUCUUGGUAAAAUAUAUUAUAUUUGGCUAGUUAAUUCUUUUUCUUUGAUGAGAUAGAAAAGCAAGUAUGUCAUUGGGCCCUCUUUAGCCAAGUUUUUUUUUUCCGUUCUACCUGUACAUAGGUUAAACAGAUAUUUAUUAGAAUUUCCUUUCAGUGUGCUUAAACAUGCAUCAUUUUAGGGCCACAAGAUACAAGAUAAUCCAACUC